AUGGCCGCGAACACAAAGUUCCUACGAGAGUACAAGCUCGUCGUUGUCGGAGGAGGUGGUGUCGGUAAAUCAUGCUUGACCAUUCAGUUGAUUCAGAGCCAUUUCGUCGACGAGUAUGAUCCUACAAUCGAAGACUCGUACCGAAAGCAGUGCGUUAUCGACGAAGAGGUUGCCCUGCUCGACGUCCUCGAUACCGCCGGCCAGGAAGAGUAUAGCGCCAUGCGAGAGCAGUAUAUGCGAACCGGAGAGGGAUUCCUACUAGUCUAUUCCAUUACUUCGCGACAGAGCUUUGAGGAAAUUACCACCUUCCAGCAACAGAUUCUGCGAGUCAAGGAUAAGGACUAUUUCCCCAUGGUCGUUGUUGGCAACAAGUGCGAUUUGGAAGGCGACCGAGACGUGUCACGACAAGAGGGUGAGGCGCUGGCAAGGUCAUUCGGCUGCAAGUUCAUUGAGACGUCGGCCAAGUCUCGCAUCAACGUUGACAAGGCCUUUUUCGAUAUCGUGCGAGAAAUCCGGAGAUACAACCGCGAGAUGCAAGGCUACUCGACCGGCAGCGGCGGCACCGCAGGCGCAAACGGCCCACCCAAGCCCAUGGAUAUGGACAACGGCGAGCAAGAGGCUGGAUGCUGCGCCAAGUGUGUGCUCAUGUAA